AUGGGCUCAGCUGGCCUUGCUCAAGCCCCAUUGCGACAAGAUUCACCCGAUUUUACAUACGAUAGCCACAAUAACAUCUCCCCUGAUGACCAACGAGGAAGUGCCGUGCCGGUUACCAAGGCUACACAAGACAUCAAAGAAGUUAUUUCCAAUCCUACCAUCCCACGAGCGGCCCUGAAUAUCCAAGACGAGCGCCAAAACCUGGCAGCUAGUGUUCACCCUGCAUACUUUCGCGGCUCCAAAUUCGAUCGGGUUCCAUACUGGCAGAGGAUUCACCGCUGGGAGGACAUUGGUGAAAGAGAAUUCUUGUCAUACCGUUGGAAUACUGCCAAGGAUGUUCAAGGCAAGGAAAAGCUGUACUAUUUUCUGAAAGAGGAGCUCCCUGAGAAGAUGCCGGACACUCCGGAAUAUGAGCACACUCGCACCCGCGACGCCUUCUUAGAGGAUGUGAUCAGAGGCAUAGAUCUAGCUCCAAUGUCAAUUAGGCUGACACCUCACAUUCUUGCCUCGAUCAAUUGGAACGAUCCUCUUAAUGAUCCUCUUAGUCGUCAAUUCAUUCCAAAGAAGUCAACAUUCCAACCUGAUCACCCAAAACUGGAACUCGACUCUUUGCACGAAUCAGACGAUUCUCCUGUUGAAGGACUAGUUCAUCGGUACACUGAUAAGUGCUUGUUCCUUGCAAGCUCUCACUGUCCCCUGUACUGCAGAUUCUGCACCCGUUCCUACGCCGUUGGUGCUGAUACCGAGACUGUAACUAAAGCCGCUCUGAAGCCUGCACGUCGUCGUUGGGAGGCAAUGCUUGAUUAUAUCGCUGCAACGCCAGUUAUCCAAGAUGUCGUACUUUCUGGCGGCGACUCCUAUUCCCUCAUGCCACAACACCUCGCCAUAAUCGGCUCUCGACUCCUCGAGAUCCCGCAUGUGAGAAGAUUUAGAGUCGCCACUAAAGGUCUCUGCGUCUCACCCAGCCGUACUUUAGAUCCAAACGAUGACUGGACCGAGGAGUUGAUCAAGUUAUCCAAAGAAGCUAGACUCAGAGGGAAGCAUGUUGCGAUGCACACACACUUCAACCACCCUAACGAGUUCUCUUGGGUUUCUCGAGAGGCAGCUCAGAAGUUGUAUGCUAAUGGUGUAACCGUUCGCAACCAAUCUGUUCUACUUAAAGGUGUCAAUGACGAUAUUGAUACUAUGAAAGGCUUAAUUCGAGAGCUUGCUGACAAUAACAUUCAACCUUACUAUGUCUACGCAGGUGACCUCGUGAAGGGCGUGGAAGACCUACGCACUCCACUAUCAACUAUCCUCGACCUCGAAACGCAAAUCCGUGGCUCGAUCGCUGGGUUUAUGACUCCGCAAUUCGUUGUUGAUCUGCCUGGCGGCGGUGGAAAGCGUCUCGCUGCAUCUUACAAAACAUAUGAUCGUGCCACUGGUCGCAGCACGUUUGUUGCUCCUGCUGUGCAUGGGAAGAACAAGGAAGGGAGACUUUAUGAAUACUACGAUCCUUUAGCCAGCUUGCCUAAUGGGGGCGAAAGCGUCGACUUCGCUGCUAUAGAGCACAUUGUUAUCUAA